AUGACUCUCGAUGGCCCGCGCGACUCGCCAGAGCGUCAUGGUCUCCGUCUUCCACACCCCCCUCCGCUGUUGCAUACCCGCUCGGGCAACGAACCCUUUGAUCGCCCCUCCACACCCGCAGAAAAUGGCUUCACCAGUCCUGCCCAAACCCCGCAGGGCAGCCCGAGCAAGAACAGAUUGCCCCCCGGCGCCAAUGACCUGCCCAACGUCUUCGAGAAAGCAAUGAAGCUCACCCCCUCCUCCCCGACCAAGAAUACCUACAACCACUACAACCACCCCAUGUUUGCUCAACCAAAGCCAUCGCUGGAGGAUUUCAGCGAGAGUGUUAUCCGUCAGCCUCCUGGAAGCCCCACGCGGAAGGCCAAUAAAGAGAAUACACCCCCGAGUCCGUUGAAGUUGACCAAGGAUCUGGGACCCAACCCCACUGCGGCGGCGAUCUCUCGUCAUGAACCAUACCAGCAGAGAGAUUUGGAUACUCUGUCACGACGCCAAGUGCAGAUGCGCGGGUUGACCCCAGAGGAGAUGGAAAAGUUGCAGAACCCAAGAGUCAAACGCUUAGUCAACGUGACUCAACUAUAUUUCCUCGACCAUUACUUUGACCUUCUGAGUUACGUUCACAACCGCCAGACUCGCUAUUCCCAGUUCCGAGCGGCAUACCCCGAUCCUCCCGCAACCCCGAUUGACGAUUACGAGCCGGCUCUCCUCAAAUAUCUGGGUCGCGAACGCGCUCAUCUCCGCAAGCGUCGUACCCGUCUCCGCCAACACGACUUCCAGAUCUUGACUCAAGUCGGCCAGGGUGGUUAUGGACAGGUGUACCUGGCGCAAAAGAAGGAUACCCGGGAAGUGUGUGCAUUGAAGGUCAUGAGCAAGAAACUCUUGUUCAAACUCGAUGAGAUCCGCCAUAUUUUGACGGAGCGGGACAUCCUGACUGCAGCCAAGAGCGAAUGGCUCGUCAAGCUGCUCUACGCGUUCCAGGAUGAUGAUCAGAUCUAUCUUGCUAUGGAGUACGUGCCGGGUGGAGACUUCCGCACCUUACUCAACAAUACCGGCGUUCUGCAUAACCGUCAUGCUCGCUUCUACAUUGCAGAGAUGUUCAGCUGCAUUGACGCUCUCCAUGCGCUCGGCUACAUCCAUCGCGAUCUCAAACCAGAAAACUUUCUGAUCGACUCCACCGGCCAUGUGAAAUUGACGGACUUUGGCUUGGCCGCCGGAAUGCUGAAUCCGGGAAAGAUCGAGUCUAUGCGGGUGAAGUUAGAGGAAGUGGGCAACACUCCAGUGCCUUUCGGUCGCCCGAUGGAGCAGAGAACCGCUGCCGAGCGCCGUCAGGGAUACCGUUCGCUCCGGGAGCGGCAGGUCAACUAUGCCAAGUCGAUCGUCGGAUCGCCGGAUUACAUGGCCCCUGAAGUGCUGAAGGGUGAAGAAUACGACUUUACCGUUGACUACUGGAGCUUGGGAUGCAUGCUUUUUGAAGCAUUGGCGGGGUAUCCUCCCUUUGCAGGCGCUACGGUGGACGAGACUUGGCAGAAUCUGAAGAACUGGCAGAAGGUCCUCCGGAAGCCUGUGUACGAGGACCCCAACUACUUCUUGUCGCGACGGACCUGGGGCCUCAUCACCAAGCUAGUGGCAUCCAAGGAGAACCGAGCCAAGAGCAUUCAGGAGAUCCAUGCGCAUGACUACUUCAGCGAGGUUGACUUUACUCGCCUGCGGGAGCAAAAGGCGCCGUUUGUGCCCGAGCUGGACUCCGAGACCGACGCUGGAUACUUUGACGAUUUCACCAACGAAGCGGAUAUGGCCAAGUACAAGGAGGUCCAUGAUAAACAGCGAGCGUUGGAGGAGAUGGCGGAAAGAGACGAGAAGAUGGGCAAGGGCUUGUUCGUCGGGUUCACAUUCCGUCACCGAAAACCUGCAGUGGACGGAGCAGGCCGGGGCUCGCCGCGCAAGGCGAUUGCAACCGAUGGAUCGUUUGGAACGAUGUUCUAG